CACCUGACCCCAGCGUCCCAUCCCACUCACCGCGCCGGCGGGGCUCCAGCUCAGCCUCCGCCUACUAAUGGCCGCCGGAUCUCGCCGCCCGCGGCGACGGAGAUGAAGCGCCGCCACCACCUCCUCCCGGUCCUCGUCCUCCUCGCGCUCUCGCUCCUCGCCCUCCCCUACCGCCGCCACCUGUUCCUCCCCCGCGGCCCGUCCCAGUACCCCGCCGGCGGCGCUGACGAGCUCCUCCGCCGGCUCGCUGCCUCCGACGCCGGCGGGGAUCAGGUCCUGUCCGAGGCGGCCGCGCUGCUCGCCAACGCCUCGGUGAUAUCCUUCCCCAGCAUCGGCAACCGCUACCGCCUCCUCUACCUCCGCCUCCCGCACCGCGGCAACGGCAGUACCUCGGCCCCGCGGCAGCGGGCCGUCUCCCGCCUCCGCGUUCCCUUCGUGACGGUCCCCGACGACGGCCCCCUCCUCGCCGCCUUCCGCGCCUCCCUCCGCUCGUUCGUCCUCGCGCACCGUCUCCGCAGGGGCAGCAAUGUCGCCGCCGUCAUGGGCGACCUCGCCGGCCUCCUCGGCCGCCCGCGGCGCUUCCCCACCUGCGCCGUCGUCGGCAACAGCGGCGUCCUCCUCGGCUCCGGCCGGGGCGCGCAGAUCGACGCGCACGACCUCGUCGUCCGCCUCAACAACGCCCGCGUCGCGGGCUACGCCGCCGACGUCGGCGCCAAGGCCUCGCUCUCCUUCGUCAACUCCAACAUCCUCCACUACUGCGCCGUCCGCUCCGCCGUCGCCACCGGCGGCUGCGCCUGCCACCCCUACGGCCGCGCCGUCCCCAUGGCCAUGUACGUCUGCCAGCCGGCGCACCUCCUCGACGCGCUCAUCUGCAACGCCACCGCCACGCCGGCCUCCCCGUUCCCGCUGCUCGUCACCGACGCGCGCCUCGACGCCCUCACAGCGCGCAUCGCCAAGUACUACUCGCUGCGGCGGUUCGUGGCGACGACCGGCGAGCCGGCGAGCAACUGGACCCGGAGGCACGACGAGAGGUAUUUCCACUACUCUUCGGGGCUGCAGGCGGUGGUGAUGGCGCUGGGGGUCUGCGACGAGGUGAGCCUAUUCGGGUUCGGGAAGGCGGCGGGGGCCAAGCACCAUUACCACACCAACCAGAAGAAGGAGCUCGACCUGCACGACUACGAGGCCGAGUACCAGUUCUACCGUGACCUCCAGGCGCGGCCGGAGACGGUGCCGUUCCUCGACGAGCCGCCGGGCUUCAAGGUGCCGCCGGUGAAGCUGUACUGGUGAGUGGUGGCCGGUGAAGUCAGCAACGUGCAAUUCCUACUUGUUGUAAAAUUUUUCUUUUUAACGAUUUGACAGGUGAUUAUACAUAGAGAAAUGUGUACAUUGUGAAAACUGAAACAUGAAAGGGUAUGAGAGGUUGCGGAGCUUGUAGAGGAGAAAAUGCAGCUCAAUUUUGUGUUGAUCAGAUGGGCCAAAAUGGUUAUGCAUUAUUGUGUUUGUUGUACAAUUCUUACACUUGACUGAUAGAGAUGUUUAAGCUGAGAAACAAGGGUGAACUAUGGGCAAUUCAAAGGGAAUGAGAAUCUGACAUAGAGGUUUCUGAUUGGGAAA